GUUUUGGUCGUCGCACGAGUUAAAUGUACCUUGAACUUCCAGAGUUGACUUUCUCCAUUUAUUCAGGUUAAACUAUUUUAAUUACAAUGUCUAAUAUCUCCAAUUUAUCCCGCGUCGUCCACUCAUCGGGGGUCCAACGGCUGACAAAUGGGUUUUGCUUGAAAACACCCUUGUUUGCUUACAACGGGGCGAGAUUUCUGCACUCGGGCUACCCGUCCAACAAAACUACCAGCAACAGAAGUUUCCCAAGGCAUCGCUUCGAGUGCGCCACACAUUACACCUCUUCAGCUAAGGACACAGUUAGGAUAGGAUGCGCGUCGGGGUUUUGGGGAGAUACCUCGGCGUCAGUCCCCCAGCUGAUCUACAGUGGGAAGAUAGACUAUCUGGUGUUUGACUACCUCAGUGAGAUCACCAUGUCUCUCCUCGCUGCGGCCAAGACCAAGAUGCCUAAUAUGGGCUAUGCCCCUGACUUUGUCCAAGUAGCCAUAGCGCCCUUUAUCCACGACAUCCAUAAGAAAGGUAUCCGGGUGGUCAGUAAUGCCGGGGGUGUGAACCCGCUGGCGUGCGCUGCUGCCAUACAGGAAGUAGUCAAGAAGGCCGGACUCCACCUCAAGGUCGCCGUGGUGACAGGCGAUGACCUCAUGGCUCAAAAAGAUAGUCUCUCUGAGGUGAGAAUGGCUGAUGGGGUGAGCAGGUCAAAGCUGCCUAAAACCGUCCACAGUAUGAAUGCCUACCUGGGUGCGGUACCCAUCCAGAAGUGUCUUGACCUAGGGGCUGACAUUGUAGUCACAGGGAGAUGUGUGGACAGUGCUGUCGCCCUCGGACCUCUUAUGCACUCUUUUGGGUGGAAGCAGAACAACUAUGACCUGUUGGCCGCUGGGAGUCUUGCAGGCCAUCUUAUAGAGUGUGGUGCCCAGGCCACAGGUGGAAUAUUCACAGACUGGCACACAGUACCCGACUGGGAUAACAUGGGUUUCCCAGUGGUGGAGUGUUCAGCUGAUGGUUCGUUCGUUUUGUCCAAACCACCCAAAACAGGCGGAUUGGUGUCGUUCGGAACGGUUGCCGAGCAACUAGUGUACGAGAUCGGUGACCCGCAGAAAUACCUGCUUCCUGACGUCACCUGUGAUUUCUCUAACGUCAAGAUCUCUGAAGUAGCAGGUGUGGAGGGCGGGGUGGUCAAAGUGACCGGGGCCAGAGGUUUUGCUCCGUCGAAUGACUACAAGGUGUGUGCUACUUACAUGGAUGGGUACAGGGCGACAGCAGUGUGUCCAGUAGGGGGCCCCAGAGCCACAGAGAAGGCCAGACGCACCGCAGAGAGCAUCAUCAAACGGACGCGUCGUAUGUUCACGCAGCUGGGUCUGGAGGACUUCAGCUCUGUCAACAUUCAGGUAUUGGGGGCAGAAGAUACCUACGGACCACACAGCAAUUACAUGACCCCUAGAGAGGUGGUAGUAUGGAUGGCUGUGCGUCAUGGACAGAAGAAAGCUCUGGAGGUCUUCGCCAGGGAGAUAGCACCUGCAGGAACGGGCAUGGCCCCUGGACUCAUGGGCAUAGUUGGAGGACGACCAAGAGUCUCUCCAGUUCUGAAACCUUUCUUCUUCAUGCAUGCAAAGUCUCAGCUGAAGGUGGAUGUGCACAUUGGUGGAGAGCACGCUGAGACGCACACUGAGGCGGAGUUAGACUCACCUGAGGCUCCGCCCCCAGCUGAGGAGAAAGCUGUGCCUGUUGCAGAUCUUCCCAGUGGUCCCCACUCCUACAGGCUAGAGGAGUUGGCCUACACCAGGAGUGGAGACAAGGGAGACUCUAGUAACAUUGGUGUGAUAUCACGGCACCCCCUCUACUUUCCCUACCUGAAGCAACACCUGACUGAAGCAGUGGUGGAGGGAUACUUUCAACACCUCAUACAGCCAGAUACACAUGAUGCUGUCACACGUUAUGAGUUACCAGGGAUUCAUGCUCUCAACUUCGUCCUGCAAAGCUCUCUGGGAGGGGGUGGAGUGGCUUCAAUACGCUGUGACCCUCAGGGUAAAGCCUAUGGUCAGAUGCUGCUGGACCUCAAACUGACCGGCUUACCAGACCUCAAGUCUCUGGUCGACGGAGACGGAGAGAGAGGAAAAACACAUGAAUAAAUAUAGAGAUAUUGUUGGCCAA